AUGUCUAGAUACCACUCAGACUCCUACACACCUUCCACCUCAGUGGUGGGGUUGGAAUUCGAUGAUGGCGUUAUGCUGGCGGCCGAUACGCUCGUCGUCUAUUGCAAUACGUGCCGUUAUCCGGAAGUUGAUCGCCUGAUCAGGAUCAACAGGAAUACUAUACUCGGCGGUGGCAGGGACUUUCCUGAUGUACAGUCGCUGCUGCGUCAGAUCAAUGAUAAGGUCAUCGAGGAUUUCUGCUAUCAGGAUGGGCACAUUUUGUCCCCUAAAUCAUUGCACACCUGGCUGACGCGCACUCUCUACAGCCGUCGCACCAGGAAGAAGAGACUGGACGUUGAUCUGGUCAUUGGCGGAAUCGAGAACGAUCAACCAUAUCUCGGCUAUGUUGACUCAUGGGGCACGGCCGUAACCUGUGACGUUAUUACCACCGGAUUUUCUCGCAAGUUGGUCGAGCCGCUAAUACGUGACCGCCAGCCGCUACACCGCCCGUUCAAUUAUGAGGAAGCAUUCAAUACUCUGGCCGAAUGCAUGAAGGUUCUGUUCUAUCGCGAUUGCCAGAGCAUUGAAUUUUACACGAUUGGCGUUUGCUCGCGGGAAGAGUGCAGCAUCAAAGGUCCAUUCGAGGCCAAGACGUGCUGGAAAAUUGCCGAGCACAACAAGGGCUUUUAA